AUGUGGUCGUAAUUUCAACUCGUGCGUCCCCGGCCUAAAAUAAAAUCAUUAAAAAACUAUACAACUCUUACUUAGGUCAACUGACUGACUGUAAGCCAGUAGACUGUGACGAGCGUUGGUUAGAAAAGCAGCAUUUUAUUAUAAACUGCAAGAUUUGAUAUUCGAUAACAGUUGAGAUUUUUAACGGUGAUUUAAUAAACUCGAUUAUCUGCCGCAUUAAGGUAAAGGUAAUAUGUAAUUGAUUAAUUAAAGGUUUCCUACUGGAUUCAUGGUGCAUCUGUACUAAUUGGAUUUUAACAUAGUAAACUGUAAUAUACACUCGGCUGAGAAAACCCUGCCUUGACUCACAAGGUCACCACCAGAAGUAUUUAACAGUUGUUUGGUAUGGUAGUGUAACAGAGCUAGCAAGAUGUUGAUUGUGCUGGUCGCGUGUCUAGCGGUGGUUGCUGCGAAGCUGCAGAAUGAUCCUGCUGGACAGCAGAUAGUCAUAUUUAAGCAGAAAACUGAGGAACCAAUUGGUAUAAUGACCACCAGCGCGGGCGCACCUAUCGACACCAUCGACGCAACGGUUACACUAAAUUCACCGCUGAUCUUCAACGAAUAUUUUAUGGAUUCCCUGACUCAUCUAGUCCGAGAGCGAAUCCCCGAACGGCUAGUCCACGCGAAGGCUGGAGGCGCGUUUGGCUACUUCGAAGUAACCCACGACAUAACCAGCAUAUGUAAGGCAAAACUCUUCAGCCAAGUUGGAAAACGUACUCCAAUUGCUGCCAGAUUUUCUCCAGUGGUUGUAGAAAGAGGGGGCAUUGACACUUCGCGAGACGCGAGAGGAUUUGCUUUGAAAUUCUACACAGAAGACGGAAAUUUCGAUAUAGUAGGCUUCAAUACUCCCAUGUAUGUUUACAAAGACCCUUUACUAUUCGCCACAUUCGUGAGAGCACAGAAGAGAAACCCAGCAACGAAUCUAAUUGACGGAAAUAUGUUAUGGGACUUUUUGACCUUGCGAUCUGAAAGUCUCCACAUGUUCAUGUUGGUGUUUGGCGACCGUGGUAUUCCUGACGGCUACCGCCAUAUGCCUGGAUUUGGCAUACACACAUUCCAAGUUGUCAAUGACUUUGGCGACAAACACUUCGUUCGUUUCCAUUUCAUACCAGAGGCAGGCAUAAAGAAUUUGCGAUCAGAACAAGCGAGAAAAAUUGCCGGAGUAGACCCAGAUUACGCAACACGAGAUUUAUACAAUGCUAUUGGUAAUGGGAACUUCCCUAGUUGGAAAGUUAGCAUUCAAGUGCUCACGCAAGAAGAAGUAGAGAGUGCUGGGUUUGACGUAUUUGACGUGACUAAAGUUUUGCCACUAAACAGAUACCCAUUAAGACCUUUAGGAAGAUUUGUGUUGAACAAGAAUCCUAUAAAUUACUUCGCAGAAAUAGAGCAGUUAGCAUUCAAUCCAGCGAAUCUCGUUCCGGGGAUAUUGGGAGGUCCAGACAAGGUAUUCGAAGCACGUCGUCUAGCAUACAGAGACGCUCAGUAUUACCGACUAGGAUCAAACUUCAAUAAAAUACCAGUAAAUUGCCCUAUUCAGACGAAACCUUUAAUUUAUAAUCGUGAUGGCGUUGCGCCUGUGAAGGAUAAUGAAAGAGACACACCGAACUAUUACCCUAAUACAUUCAACGGUCCUGUGCCUUACAAAGAAAAGUACAGAGCAUCGUUAAUCCAGAUUUAUCAGGAUGAUCCUAAUAAUUUUGAACAAGCUAGAGACUUGUAUGACAAUGAGAUGACUACAGAUGAACGAAGUAGAUUGGUCGAGAAUAUUCUCUACAGUCUGGGAGGUGCGGCGACAUUCUUACAAGAUAGGGCUGUCAAACUCUUUACAAUAAUCCAUCCUAACUUGGGGCACAGGAUAGCAGAAGGAUUGGCAGUGAACCGAACAAUAACUAAGUUCGACUGGGACGAUUAAGUUUACUGUAAUAUUUCAUACAGCUGCAAAAUUCCAAAAGAUUUGAUGUGAUGUACUUAUUUUUAGAAAAAUAUUAAGGAAAUUAACACUGACAUAUUUAUUGUUGCAAAUGUGUAGUAUAGAAUAUUAAAAUGAAAAA